AUGGCACCAAAAGCAGAAAAGAAACCAGCUUCAAAAGCUCCAGCUGAAAAAAAACCAGCCGCUAAAAAGACUUCCUCUUCAACCGAUGGUGGAAAAAAGAGAUCUAAAGUGAGAAAGGAAACUUACUCUUCUUAUAUCUACAAAGUCUUGAAGCAAACACAUCCAGAUACAGGUAUUUCUCAAAAGGCAAUGUCUAUUAUGAACUCUUUUGUUAACGAUAUUUUCGAAAGAAUUGCUAGUGAAGCUUCAAAAUUGGCUGCUUACAAUAAAAAAUCAACCAUUUCCGCAAGAGAAGUCCAAACUGCAGUUAGAUUGAUUUUACCUGGUGAAUUGGCUAAACACGCGGUUUCAGAAGGUACUAGAGCUGUGACAAAAUACUCAUCAGCUACUAACUAA